UGUGAUUUAUUUUUGGCAGACCGGCCUUCCAUCACCAAGUACCAAAGUCCCAGAAGAGGAGCAAGAUAGCAACUCUAACAAGUGUCUGCUCAGGACACAGCUUCAAUCCUCUGUGACAGUCCGCUGUCUCCCAAGGGCUCCAGGAGCUUUGGAAUUCCUGUCACUUCCAUUCAAGAGCCUACAAGAACCUAACUAGGUGCUUGGGAUCCCCUGAGAUCCAGCUGACCAUGACCCGGGAUGAGGCCCUCCCUGACUCUCAUUCUGCACAGAAUUUCUAUGAGAACUACGAGCCCAAGGAGAUCCUGGGCAGGGGAGUCAGCAGCGUGGUCAGGAGAUGCAUUCACAAACCUACGUGCCAAGAAUACGCAGUAAAAAUCAUCGACAUCACCGGCGGAGGAAGCUUUAGCUCCGAGGAGGUACAGGAGCUUCGGGAAGCCACCCUGAAGGAGGUGGACAUUCUGCAGAAGGUCUCAGGACACCCCAACAUCAUACAGCUGAAGGACACUUACGAGACCAACACUUUCUUCUUCUUGGUAUUUGAUCUGAUGAAGAGAGGGGAACUCUUUGACUAUCUCACAGAGAAGGUCACCUUGACUGAGAAGGAAACCAGAAAGAUCAUGCGGGCCCUGCUGGAGGUGGUCUGCACCUUGCACAAACUCAACAUUGUCCAUCGGGACCUGAAGCCGGAGAACAUCCUUCUGGAUGACAACAUGAACAUCAAGCUCACUGACUUCGGGUUUUCCUGCCAGCUGCAGCCAGGAGAGAAGCUCCGAGAGGUUUGUGGGACUCCCAGUUAUCUGGCCCCCGAAAUCAUCCAGUGCUCCAUGGACGAAGGCCAUCCUGGCUAUGGAAAGGAGGUGGACAUGUGGAGCACAGGAGUCAUCAUGUAUACGCUGCUGGCUGGCUCCCCGCCCUUCUGGCACCGGAAGCAAAUGCUAAUGUUGAGGAUGAUCAUGGAUGGCAAAUACCAGUUCGGCUCACCAGAGUGGGAUGACUACUCAGAUACCGUGAAAGACUUGGACCGCUGCUCGGCGGAAGAGGCCUUGGCGCAUCCUUUCUUCCAGGAGUACGUGGUGGAAGAGGUGCGGCACUUCAGCCCUCGAGGGAAGUUCAAGGUCAUCUGUCUAACUGUGCUGGCCUCGGUAAGGAUCUACUACCAGUACCGUCGGGUGAAGCCGGUAACCAGGGAGAUCGUCAUCCGAGACCCCUACGCCCUACGGCCAUUGCGCAGACUCAUCGACGCCUAUGCUUUCCGCAUCUACGGCCACUGGGUGAAGAAAGGGCAACAGCAGAACAGAGCUGCCCUCUUCGAGAACACGCCCAAGGCAGUGCUCCUCUCCUUGGCUGAGGAGGAGGACUUCUGAGGGGUGGCGGGGCACAGGGGAGAAAGCAAACAGGGUACGCGCCCCCAGAACUGUGAGAAGAGGAUGCCUCAAGGAGGAGGCUUCUGCAAAGGAGCUGUGACCCUACUCUGCACUCUCAAAGGCUCGCCACUAGAUGCGCAGGGCGUUCCCAUUAAACAGCAGUAAUAAUAGCUGGAGCUGGGUGUGCUGUCGCAUGUGCCUGUUGCCCUGGGACAGUGGGAUCCCCGGUUCUAGGCCAGCCUGGGCAGCUUAGUGAUGCUUAUUUCAAAAUCAAAACAGGGCUGGGAAUGUAACUCUGGUGAGUGUAAGGCCUCCAAAUUCAACCUCUGGUAUGGCAAAAAUAGAUAAUUAAAUAAAUCCACUGCGGAUGAGGCUGUGUUAGGCAGGAAUGAAAGGACAGAGAGCGCAUGUAUUCUGGGAGCUAUAAGCCUUCUGGCUUCUCUGCUGUGCACCUUUGUCAAGGUCCCUAGUUUUCUUUCUUUCUUUCUUUUUUUUUUUUGAAUUUUAGAUUUAUGUAUUUUAUGUCUGAUUUGUUCGCAUGUAACCCACAUGCAUGCAGUACCUGUGGAGGUUACAAGGGGACGUCAGAUCCCCUGAACAGAGUUGUACAGGUAGAUGGGACCACCUAGUGGGUGGUAAGAAUUGAACCCCUUCUCUGCAAGAACAAGCGCUCAUAACCACCAAGCCGUCUUUCCAGCCCUAUUUCUCUGUAUGGGCCCAAAGGUUAUUGAUAGUUGAGGAAGUGGAUAUAUAUAUAUAUCUCCCUCAGGGACAUGUUUGCAUGGAACACGGAAGGCAUUUGUAUUCCUAGAGGAACACUGGUAGCAUUCUCUCACAAUGCACAGCUUCACCUUGUAAAUCGUUUGCUCUACUGGAGCCUUUUAACAGUGGGUAUUGUAUAUAAUCCCAGCACUCAGGAAGCUGAGGUAGGAGGACGGAGAGUUCGAGACCAGUAGCCACACGAGUAUCCCAUUUCAAAGGACAUCGAGGCUAGGUUCCAGCAGCAAGGCAGGCUUUGGUGCCAUCUCACAAAGGAAGCAUUUUCCUUCUAUAAAAUUUCUCGGGAGAAAGCAAAAAGGGCAAGACUUUAAAAUGCUGUCUUUUGGAGAACUGCUCCAGAUACCAGAGCGUUUGGUUCCUUUGUCCUUAAUACUGCACUUAAGAGACAACCCAGCGCCCAGCCUUGGUCAUCUUCCAGGCGAUGGCAGUCCCUUCUUGGGGUCUGAGUGUUCUUCUGUCCUUAGGAGGUUGUCUGUCAAAGGGGAGGGGCUCAAAAGGCCAUCCCUCAGACGGAUGAGCUUGGUGUCCAGCUGCCUCUGGAAUCUGGUCAGGGAGAGACAGUACUGAGGGGGUGCUUUCUCCGUCUCUGUCUGGCCGCUCACAGAUCCUCCUUCAGCCUGCCUUCACUGGAAGCGCAGCGGAAGCCCAGGUUGUCUGAGGCUGAAUCCGGAGUAUUGCCCAUCCUGUACAGAGGAGGGAGAGAAGAUGCAUGCUGUUGGGGGUGGGGUCGGUUGAGAAAAAGAGUUGCUGUAGUGGUUUGAAUGAGAAUGGCCCUCUUACGUUUGAAUGCUCAGUCAUCAGGGAGUGGAACUGUUUUGGAAGGAUUGGGAGGUAGGUGUGGCUUUGUUGGAGGAACUGUCACUAGGGAUUAGCUUUGAGGUUUCAAAAACCCACGACAGGCCUAGUGUCUCUCAUUGCUUGCUGCCUGUGGAUCACGAUAUGAAGCUGUCAGUACUGCUUCAGCUCCAUGAUGUUCUGCUUCCCACCAUGAUUAUCACAGACUAGCCCUCUGGAACUGUAUGAAAGCCCCCGAUUAAAUGCUUUCUUUUGUAAGA